CGCGAGGCGGAGACCCGCGUGGGCUACGGUCAAGGCCGGCCCGGCCCCGCCCCUCGGGGCGGCUCUGCGCAUGCUCGGCGGUGCGGGCGGAGGAGCGGGCGGCGGCGACCUGGAGACCCCCGAGGGAUGGAAGCGCCGGCGCCGGCGGAGGCGGCGGGAUGCGAGGAGCUCGAUAUGGACGUGAUGAGGCCCUUAAUAAACGAGCAGAACUUGGACGGGUCAUCAGACGAGGAACAGGAGCAGAUGCUCCUGCCUGCACAGAAGCACUACCAGCUGGAUGGGCAGCACGGGAUUUCAUUCCUGCAAACUUUGAUGCAUCUUCUCAAGGGCAACAUCGGAACUGGCCUCUUAGGGCUCCCCUUGGCAAUAAAGAAUGCAGGCAUUGUGCUUGGACCAAUCAGCCUUGUGUUUAUAGGAAUUAUUUCCGUCCACUGUAUGCACAUAUUGGUACGUUGCAGUCACUUUCUAUGUCAGAGGUUUAAGAAGUCAACGCUGGGAUACAGUGACACUGUGAGUUUUGCGAUGGAGGCCAGCCCAUGGAGUUGCCUUCAGCGGCAGGCAGCGUGGGGGCGGACUGUGGUCGACUUUUUUCUGGUGAUAACACAACUGGGAUUCUGCAGCGUCUAUAUUGUCUUCUUAGCUGAAAAUGUGAAACAAGUUCACGAAGGAUUCCUGGAGAGCACAGCGUUUGUUUCAAAUAGCUCGGAUCUGUCUCAGGCAUGUGAGCGAAGAAGUGUGGACCUUAGGGUCUAUAUGCUCUGCUUCCUCCCGCUUAUAAUUCUCUUGGUCUUCAUUCGUGAGCUGAAGAAUCUGUUUGUACUUUCAUUCCUUGCCAACAUUUCCAUGGCUGCCAGUCUUGUGAUAAUUUACCAGUAUGUUGUUAGGAACAUGCCAGAUCCCCACAACCUUCCAAUCGUGGCUGGGUGGAAGAAAUACCCACUGUUCUUUGGUACCGCUGUGUUUGCAUUUGAAGGCAUAGGAGUGGUGCUUCCGCUGGAAAACCAAAUGAGAGAGUCCAAACGCUUCCCUCAGGCGCUGAACAUCGGCAUGGCGAUCGUCACAGUGCUGUACAUCAGCCUGGCCACGUUAGGCUACAUGUGUUUCCGUGAUGAAAUCAAAGGCAGCAUAACACUGAAUCUUCCCCAGGACGUGUGGUUAUAUCAGUUAGUGAAAAUUCUGUAUUCCUUUGGCAUUUUUGUGACCUAUUCAAUUCAGUUCUAUGUCCCAGCUGAGAUCAUUAUCCCUGGAGUUACUGCCAGAUUUCAUGCCAAAUGGAGGCGCAUCUGUGAUUUUGGGAUACGGUCCUUCUUGGUUAGUAUCACUUGUGCUGGGGCGGUUCUCAUUCCUCGCCUAGACAUUGUAAUCUCCUUCGUAGGGGCUGUGAGCAGCAGCACGCUGGCUCUGAUCCUGCCCCCCCUUGUGGAAAUCCUUACAUUUUCUAAGGAACAACAUUACAACAUAUGGAUGAUCCUGAAAAACAUUUCCAUAGCAUUCACUGGCGUCGCUGGCUUCUUGUUGGGCACGUAUGUCACCGUUGAAGAAAUUAUUUAUCCAACCACAGGGGUUGCACCUGUUACCCCCCAGACCUCCUCUCUGAAUGUGAACUCCUCGUGCUUAGCGUCCGGUUUGAAAUAGCAGGAGAAGAUGUGUGAGCCCUCUGUUGCCACUCCAAUUCUAACAGCAAUUACGAGCCAGUACAGCGUAGCGCCACACACCCAAACACAGUGCCAAACUCUUGUUUUUGUUGGCAGAGUAUUGUGAUUUGACCAUGAACUGGACAUCUUUUGCAGCUGUGAUAAACUAUGGUAGAGUCUUGCUUUUAUCUCAUGACAAUGAAAAAUUUAAAAUUAGCUUUAAAAAUCAAAAGAAGCUUAAUAUUAAAAACUUAAACAAUAAGCAUGUUUUUAUAAGAAACACUUUGAGUAAGAAUUGUCUUUCUUACCACUAUUGAGAAGAUAAAGGACUUAAACAUUAUAGAAAUCAAAUAGGGGCAUACUUCACAAAAAUCUCUCUGGAGUGUCCCAUAGCAUUAAGGAAAGCUAGCCUCUUGUGUACGGAAAUGCAUUGAUAGUGUUUUUAUACCAUGGGAAAUGCUUCUGACAGGCCCUGGAAGGAUGCAAGAUUCCCAUUGGCCAUCAUGUAAGCAUUGGCAAGUUCCCAGAGCCACAGUCAAGUCAUUGUUUGGCUAUGCGGACAGUAGAGCUGCAUGGUCACUGGGAAGCACUGAGCAGGGUUCUGACCUCCUGUGUCAGUCGUAGGUGAAGAGGCCGUUAAGUUUCCGGAGCACUGCUCCCCUAGUUACUGUCCUAGGGUUCCUAUUGCUGUGAUAACAACACAGGACCAAAGGUGACUUAGGGAGGAAAGGGUUUCAGUUUACAGUUCCACAUCACAGGCUAUCUUCAAAGGACGUCAGGGCAGGAACUGAAACCAGGCAGGAACCUGCAGGCAGUGACUGAUGCUGAGGCCACGGAGGAGUGCUGCUUACCGACUUUCUCCUCAUGGCUUGCUCAGCCUGUUUCUUAGAGCACCCAGGGCCACCAGCCCAGAGGUAGCAUGCUCACGAUGGGCAUAGCCCUCCCCCUUCAGUCAUCAUCUGUGGGAAAAUGUCCCCACAGACGUGCCUGCAGGUUAGUCUUGCAGAGGCAUUUUCUCCAUUGAGAGUCUCUUCCAAAAGGACUCUAGAUUAUGUUAAGCAGACACAUAACUAGCCAGAACAGUUACAUUGUAGGAAAUGGAGUCCCAGAAAUGUGAGGUGACUUGGUCAAGAGCACUUAGCCUUGAGUCAAGAGAACCUGAUAUUUGACCCAAGGCACAGAUUUUUGUUUCUUUUUCUUUUCUUUCUUUCUUUUUUUUAAUUAAUUACAGUUUAUUCAUUUUGUAUCCCACCUGUAGCUCCUUCCCUCCUCUCUCCCCUCCCAAAUCUACCCUCCCUCCCUCUGCUCCACCCACACAGAUUUUUUAAAAAUUAUUUUUCGUGUCACAGUCAAGAAGAAUGAAAAACCACAUUCAGCUUAAUUUUAGUGUAGAGUUUAUUUAAUUAUAUUUCCAUCCUUUGAGAGAGUGUGUCUGAUCUUUGAAUAGUAUAUGUGACAUGAUAAAAAUCCAGAAAAAUCCAAAAAUCCUGCCUGCUUCAUAGACCUCAAAGGAAAGAAACGAACAUUCCCUUAAGCAGCAGGAGACUGGCUGGCUUUGGGCUGUGCUGGUCAUUGGAGGUGAGGUUCCCUUAAGCAGCAGGGACUGGCUAACUGCAAGAUAGUUUAGAUACCUGACAAAUUACAGAAUUCUGGAUCUUUCUAGACCCGUAGCUUUUCUUCAGCCUUCCAUUGAUCUAAAUGGGCAGAGUGAAGGAACCCUAGAAUGCAUGCUUAGAAAAAUGUGAAAACAAACAAACAAUUGUCUAGUAAAUACUGCAGACAUCUUCCAGAGAAGUGCCUCCUUCACUCCAUCUCCAAACAUGCUAGCCAAAGCAACCAAGCUCCUUUGAUGGUGAAGGUGAAAAUUAGGGAGAGUGAAGGAGUGAGUGCGCAGUCAUCUCCUGGGCCUCUCAGCCUGUUGGUUCUGUAAGAUGUUAGUCUGUAAGAUGUCAUCGAGUUGUCUGUGGAAUUCUCUAUUUUUCUAUGUGAAUGUUAACGUACUCAGAUUCAGCUCCUCCUUCCGCCAUUACUCUGUCUUCAAGUGUGAGCCUGUAAAUACAUCAGAAGCUUUAUUUUGGUAUGCAUUCAGAACCAAAACUUUAAAAACAUUUAUGUUAGAUAGUUCUAAUAAUUGCUUAUGGUAUUUUAUGUUCAAUUGUUACUUCAAGUCUUCAGUCUUAGGCAGAGAAAGCGGAUGAGGUUAUGAGGAAAGUAAUUUCAUUGGAAUUUGACUGUGAAAAAGAAAUGUGUUGCACAUCUCCAAAUUAUCAACACAAGAGAAGUCACAAUUCUGAAAGGGAGACAGGCCGAUGGAAGAGAAAGUUUUUAAUGGUUUUAAUUUGUAAUGUGAAACACUGUUUAGGCACAAAGUGUAAAAGACAUGUACUCUUGUUUAAGGGUGCCUGAAGACAUAUUUAUCAUUUGAUCAUUUUUCUUUGAUACUUAGUUUUAUAGAAUUAUGUUUUAUAAAGAGUUUUUGAGAAGGUAUUUUGGUUCUAGCAGCCAUUACUUUUGUUUGGGGCCUGGAGGAAGAGGAAGCAGACACACAUGUUGAACUCAUGUUGGCUCUUUUGAUCCAUCACGUGGUGGCUGAAAUGACUCCAGCAGUUACUUCCUGCCACUGUGGGAACGUUGCCUGAAAGCUACUCGGUUGUGUGGGUCCCAUUUCCACUAUGAAGCUGUUGUUCGCCUCCCAUGGGCUAGACUCUCAGCCCUUCACCAUUUGUCUCUGUUCCCUGACACUCCAAGGAGUGUUGGUGCCUGAGUCCACUCGUCCAAACACUGUUCCCACGUGGCUUUUUAACACAGGCCCUUUCCCACGUGACCUGGGUUUCCCACAUUUGAAGAAGUAGGAGCUGGGAAGUUUUCUGGUUAGAUGGUACCACUUAAAGAAGACAGACCCACUUCUUUCCUGCUCUGUUCUCUCUGACUUGUCACCAAAGCUAGUUCUUAGUCUUGUUAGAUGAUGUAUAUAAUGUGUUUAUAAGCUGUCUGUGGCAAGGCACGUGUGCAUUUCCUAGCAGGGUUCGGUCUUCCUUGGUGUCUACAUGGUCCUAGAAAAUGUCAACUCAAGUGCACACCCGCGCCAUUUCUAGGGGAAGUCUUACACAGCUGGCCUGUUUCACUCUAGUCCCCCACAGAGGCCAGCACAGUUGUCAUUUACAGCGUACACUAGGCCCCCUCUCCAGCUCUCUUUUCUUCAGCCAAGAUGGAAAAGAUGCAGGACAGAGCUAAUGGAGAUAAUAAAUACAGUUGUUUUUAUAACACCAGUGGCUCAGCAGAUGCUAACUGUUGAGCAAUAAAAUAAUUUGUUAAAAUAUAAAUAAAGCAUCAAUAGUUUAUAAAAUGUUGGAAAAGGGGUUAUUUCGAUCGGUUUUGCCCAAGCUCAGUUAUCUUCCCUUAAUUAAGAAACUGUGAGAAAUUUGCCUAUCGAGGAUAACAGGAUGCCUCCUGUCAUUAAAUGGCCUCAUGUUACUUGGCCACAAGUGGAUCUGGAUCUCGUUGGUUUUGACCUAGCAUAUAAAAAUAAAUAUGCUUAGGAUAUGACUAGGCCUAGAAUUUAUUGUCUAAUGAAUAAAGUGACAAAUCACCUAUUCAGAUUUCUGUUAAAAUUGGCGGUUUCUACAUUUAUGCAUGGAUGUUACCCAACAGGGACUCACAUCUGAAUCCAUUUCAGCUGCUCUACCACAGAUAGGACCAGGAUGAUGCUCACAUAGGAAAAUAUAUAUUCAUGACAUGGACAAUUCAGGCUACAGAUAUUUGUUUUUCAAAAUGAUUUUAGAAGCUUUAGUGAAAGUUCUAUUAGACUUGUGUCAUUUCUCGUAAUUUAUUUUUCUUUGUAAAAGAGUUUGAAAAAUGUCUGAAAGUGCUGUAACAUCUGAAUUGUCAAUAAAGUAUAAUUAUUUUGCUUGCUAAUAAA